UUGUCCACUUGCGUUACCGGUACCGUACAUUGCAUCACAACUUUUCAUAAUUCUGGGAAUUGCUUUUGACAGACAAAUCCUGGAAACAAGAAGAAAUAAUGAUCACAUUAGGAAAGAAAUCUGUUGCAACCUGUGUGAGAGUUUGGAGGACAUCAUGUGUUAAUGGAACCAAUUUGCGACAAGCUUCCAACGCAGCAGCAGCAGAUGUGAAAGAUGAGAAGAGCCUUGAAGGAAGAGCUCUAUAUCUAGAUGCUCAGUCUACAACACCACUGGAUCCAAGAGUUAUGGAUGCCAUGAUGCCAUACUCUGUGGCUUACUAUGGCAAUCCUCAUUCUCGUACACAUUCAUAUGGAUGGGAAUCAGAAGGAGCCGUGGAACAUGCAAGAAAGCAAGUUGCCAAUUUGAUAGGGGCUGAUGCCAGAGAGAUCAUCUUCACCAGCGGAGCCACAGAAUCAAAUAACAUAUCUGUAAAGGGAACUGCCAGAUUUUACAAGUCUAAAAAGAAGCACGUCAUCACUACCCAAACAGAGCACAAAUGUGUUUUAGAUUCUUGCCGAGCGUUAGAAGGAGAGGGUUUUGAUAUCACAUAUCUUCCAGUGAAACCAAAUGGAAUUAUUGAUCUUCAGGAACUUGAAGAUUCAUUCAGACCAGACACAGUUCUGUGCUCAGUCAUGGCAGUCAACAAUGAGAUUGGUGUAAAACAACCCCUCAAACAAAUUGGUGAGAUGUGCAGAUCAAGGAAGGUUUUCUUUCACACUGAUGCUGCACAGGCUGUAGGCAAGGUCCCAGUGGAUGUCAAUGACAUGAAGAUUGACCUCAUGUCAAUCAGUGGCCACAAGAUCUACGGUCCAAAAGGUAUUGGAGCAUUGUAUGUGAGGAGGAGACCAAGGGUGCGAGUUGAGGCGUUACAGAGUGGUGGAGGUCAGGAGAGGGGUAUGAGGAGUGGUACCUUACCCGCACCCCUGGUGGUUGGUCUAGGAGCUGCAUGCCAAGUCUCACAGGAAGAAAUGGAGUAUGAUCACAAGCGAAUCAGUGCCCUCUCUGAGAGGCUCAUCAACAAGAUCACCGGUGAACUGCCAGACGUCAUCCGCAACGGUGACCCCGAUGAGACCUACCCCGGCUGUGUCAAUCUAUCGUUUGCCUAUGUGGAAGGAGAGAGUCUUCUGAUGGCGCUCAAGGAUGUUGCCCUGUCCUCUGGGAGUGCCUGUACGUCAGCAUCCCUGGAGCCCUCCUACGUCCUCAGAGCCAUUGGAGCUCAAGAGGAUCUGGCCCAUUCUUCCAUCAGGUUUGGUAUUAGUCGAUUCACAACAGAGGAAGAAGUGGAUUACACUGCUCAGAAGUGCAUCACUGAAGUCAAACAACUCAGAGAAAUGAGUCCUUUGUGGGAGAUGGUGCAAGAAGGAAUAGACCUGAGCAAAAUCAAGUGGACUCAACAUUGAGGUGACCUCAUCAAAGAGUUAUGAUAAAGCAUUGCAGCUGAUCCAAGUGGACCCCUAGUUGAGCUGAAUCUGCAAUGUUGUAAGAUCUGUAACAGAAGAUCAAAUCCUUAAAAUGGCAACAUGGUGUUAUUAUAGCUGUCUUACUUCAGUCACGUGAAUAUUAUAACUACCACUGCAAUAUGGAGAACAAGAAACAAGAUGGCUCUAAUGAAUACUCCAAACUGUUUUUUUCAAGUCAACCAUGAUGGCCCAAAUUGUCUAUAGAAGUUCGAAUGUUGGGUGAGGGUUAAAUCCAUGAAAACCUCAUUCAGGUAAUAUCUGACAAGAGUCGUCAUUAAAGUAAAACAGUCUUUAGGUUUGUGCGCUCAUGGAUGCCUACUAUGGACUUCAGGCCGCACAGAAUUUUCACCGGUUUGGCAGACAAACUCAUGACAUCAUGAUGUCAUAUUGCUCUAGUGGGCCAUGUUGUAUAUCAUCACUAGUUUGUGGACAACCUUGUCUAGCACUAUUAAUUUUUUCUAGCCCUUCGAUUGGCCACAUUAAAAAUUGCCUCCGCAAUAUUAUUUUGUUGAAUCAUAAUCCCUUUGACUGAUGUACAAAAUGUUAGCCAGCUCUUUGGAAUCAAGCCCGAGCAUGCCUUAUAGGGAGAGCGAAAUGACUAACAUGAUUGUAUGGUCCCUAAUUAACCUUGUAUUACAAAUAGCUUGUCAUAAAAUAUUUGGAUAACUAUUAACAAUACCCAGAAUAAAUCAUCCGUUGAUUUUACUUGCUUAGGGAAAAUGUUUCAAUGUGAAAAGUACUUGUUUAGCUACUUGGUGGCAUAACUAUUGCACUUAAGUAGUGAAUAGUGGGCUAUAAUUUACUAGGGUCUUUAUUUUAAGACUACAUCGCUCAGUAUGUUGUGACAUGGGUAAGGAAAUUGGCCAGAUCAGAGUAGUUGGUAGAGGCUUUUACAGUCUGACUGAUGCUUAGUUGAAAUUCAAAGAUUUCUUGUAUCAUAACUACAUGAUAAUAGUUUCUUUAAAAAGUUGAAUGGAACUAUCAAAUUAUAUUUUUCUCAUGAUUCUAGACUGUAGAAUAUUGUUAUUGCAUUUUACUAAUUGAUGAUGUUUUUACGGUAUAUUGUUAGCUUUAUUAGCUUAUAAUAUAUAUUAUGCAUUGACUUGUCUUAAUCAACCUAGAUAAUUGAACAUGAGUUGUACUGUUUACAAAUUUUGGAUUAGAUGUACAUGUAUGUGUUGAAAUGCUCAUGUACAGGUUUCAAAAUUUGUCCACAAUGAGUGACUUGUAAACCACCAUUAAGGAGGUUAUCUCACUGAGCGGCGAAUGCUUAGGAGCGUAGCCAAUAUCAGAUUUGCCAACUUCUGUGAUGAGUGUUGCAAACUCUAACAAAUAUUUAUUUGUGAUAUAAAAAUCAGUUUGCGAACUGCUCAAAAAAAAAGUUUGCAAACAUUCAUCCACAAUUUUAUCAGUGGAUCAAUAUUAUACAGUCAGGAGCCAUGUUGUCAUUCGGUUGUUUUUGGUGAAUAAAACAGAACUUUGGCAACAUCAUCUUAUAACCGUUUGCAAAGGCUUACGACUGUUUUGCAAACUAAACCUUUAUUCCUUGAAAUGCCACUGCGCUGUAAAAGGCUGCAGGGCUAAACAAUACCAUAUAUAAACAUGUUGGUAUUGUUGCUAUGAUUAUUAUUAUGAAAAUAUGACAUGUACAGGGUAUAUAUUAUCCUUUUCCAUGAAGAAAACCAAAAUGGAAGGGAUAGCCUGCCAACUAAUUGAAGUACUUGUCGAUAAAUGAAAAAUCGUUGAGAAGAAAAAAACGAUAGUGAUAUUUCCCAUCAUGUAAGAGAUAAUGAUGAGUGAUAUGAAUUCGAAUGAAGA